CGGUGGCAGACGACGCAUCCCUUCCCCAGCCCGCGUGCUCGAGACGGAUCGGAACUCGGUCGGUCCAUCUCGCGAGCGGAGGAGGGCGCCAUGGCCGCGGGGGAUGCCGCGCGAUGCCCCGAGAUCCCCAGGCACUGCCACCACUGCGCCGGGCCCCUCUCCAAGGACAUGGAAACGAGCAGCUGGUCGGUGCCUCCGUUGGUUCGAGAUAGCUUCUCCAUGAUUGGUUCCGCUGUUGGGGGUGUAGCAGGCGCGUUUUAUGGUUUCAACCACGCUAUGCCUAUUGUUCGACGUUACAUAAAGGGCCCAAUGUGGAUGCAUUUUCUUGUUGGUGCACCCCCAGUUAUUGUGUUCUCUUCCGCAUGUGCUGGAUUAGCAGGUGGUACAAUACCAGCCCUUUCACAGCUGGUUUCAUCAUCCUAUCAUGCAGCCGUGUCAUCGCCCUCCUUUGCCCGCUCUGCUUCUCAUGCAACCAUACCAUCACCCUCAUUUACCCACUCUGGUUCUCAUGACGAUAUGCACAAGAGAAGCUCCUCGCCAUUGUAGCUUAACUGGCGCGACAGAUCAUUUACAGAACUGCCUACCUUGAUAAACUAUCCUCUGACUUUGCAAGACACGAGGACCGCCGCAUAAAAUGUGUGUGUUACCACUUCUCACCAGUUUAAUGAGGGAUGCUUUUGUAAAUGAUGAAUCUUCCGGUGGACUGAUGCUAUAUACGUUUUGUUCAUAAACUUUUGUAUUUAUCUUGAUGCAUAGUCUGUGA